UUAUCUUUUAACUAUAAAUACCCAGCAAUCUGCAAUAGUUGAUAUCAUAGUAAUCUGAACAUCCAGAGCAAUCAUUUCUAUCAGAAAACCAAAACCAAAUCUACAAAAAUGAAAUUCACUUAUUGCUUCGUCCUCAUCGCAAUGGUUGCCUGCGCUUUGUUGGGCUUUGCCUCAGCAUCCCCGGUACCUGAACCUGACCAACCAGCCCAUGUUCAUCCAGCUGGUCAAGCUCAUGGACCUGCAUGCAGGCGCUCAACCACGGCUGCCCCCCCGGCUGCUCCCACGACCCCUGCUGUUUAGAUUCCUGACCAGCUAAACAAGAACCAAAUGAUGUCUUUUGAUUAGGAAAAUGUAGUUUAGUUAAUUCGAUUUUGUGCGCACAAAAUUAAAAUCUGACAGAAAAUAAAUAGAAUUCAUAAAUAAUAAAUGCUCACUUUUAUUUUACUUACUUAAAAACUCUGUUCACAAACCUUGAAACAACUUGAAUAAUUUCAAAUUUAACCUAUAAUGCACACACCAAUAAACUCAGCAUCCAGAAGCAAAUGUUUUGAUUUUAUUUAUGCUUAGCAGUGGAAAUGGUGGAAACCAUGGAUCCAAAUAAAAUAAAACAAAUUCAACUUGAAAAUGAUAAAGGCAAACUCUUAGCUAGUUUAAAACAGUCAUAUAUCUUGGAAAUUCUUAACAAUGAGCCUCAAUCUUUAAAUGCUACUAUUGAGGAUGUAGAGUUAUUGAAUGAUACAAUUCUAAAGGCUCAUAGCACAUCAAAUCACUUGCUACUUAAAGAAGCUAUCAGAUGUUUAAGAAACUGUGCAAUCAAAAACAUAGACAUAAAAUACCAAAUAUUGGCUGCCAAUUCUUCAAAAACACAACUCAUAAUUAUUUAUCAAGAUAUUUUAAGCAAUGAAAAGUACCCAGUUGCUUUAAAAAAUGUUUUGCUUACAUUCCUAAUUAAUAUUUGUAUUGGCAACAAGGAUAAUGCAAAGAUAAUAUGGACUUCAUUAGAUUUUAAAGUGUAUAUUGAAAACAAGGACUUAUCUGAUAAAAUGUUUGCUCUUGCUUACAAUAUCUUUUUGGUUAAUGAUGAGCUCACCGUUGAUUUAGACUUGUUAAUGAUUUUACUAAAAGAAGAGAAUAAUGAAUUUGCUCACUUUUUGUUGGAUUUAUUCAUCAAAAAUGGUACAGUGUUCAAGUACUAUGAUGAUAUCAAAGAUGUCCAAUAUAGGAUAUUAAUUUUACAACAAUUAAAAGAGUUACAACAUAAAAAGGAACUAAUUUCUUGGACAAAAAAGAAUGUUGAAUUGUUAACAUCACAUUUCAAAAAAACAUCAGAUUGUAUACUGAAGACAGUUGCUGAUUAUAUUAACCAGAUUGAACCAUUUGAGGUUUCCCUUUUGUCUGAUGUGAUUGCUUCUCUAAGUUCAGAUGAACAGUGCCUGAGAUUUAUUCAAUACGACCGUAGCUUACUGAUUAACUGCGCAUUUUUAUUGAAGUCUAUACAUGACGCUGGAAAAGAAGGAAAUAAUCAUUUUGCACCGAUUGGGAAGUUGUCUAAGGUUGAGGAUAUGGGAGGAGACAUCAAAGAGCAUCCAGCUUUUGGUUUUCGAGUUAAUAUGAUAAGAAUACUGGGAAAUAUGGCGUGGAAAAUGAGAUGUAAUCAAGAUGAAAUACGAGAAUUAGAUGUUAUUCCUUUACUUCUGGAUUGUUGCAAUAUAGACGGGAGGAAUCCAUUUAUAAUUCAAUGGGUAGUAUUUGCAAUCCGCAACAUCUUAGAGAACAACAUAGAGAAUCAAAAAAUCAUUGCUUCUUUAAAUAAGCAAGGAGCUCUUGAUUCAGCUGUUCUGAAUGAACUGGGAUUGACACUGCAUGAUGAUGGUCCCAACAGUAUCAAUAUAGCACCGCUUAAUUUGAAUGGGAACAAUAAAUAAAUAAAUAAAAACAUAGAUUAUAUUUUAAA